GGCAGUCGGCGUUUUAGAAAUUACAACAAAGUCAAAAAACGUGCAAUGCAUUUACCACAAAAACGUUGCUGCUGGCUUUAUAAAUAUGUGCUCUCGAGUGCUGCACGGUUGAAGCUGAUGCUCAAACUGUUGUUGCGUCCUUUAUGUUGAUCUCAGCUCCAUUAAGACGCCAUAUAACGCUUUAUGUAACGUCAAUAUCAGUAAAGGGUGUUUCCUGAAAACAUGUUAAACAGACUCGUGAUCUGGUUCAGGCUAAAGUUUCAUGAGGCUGUCAUCAUAGCUGAGAUAUUAAUGCAAUGAAAUAAUGAAGUUUAAUGUGAUUUGUGUCAUUUUUAGAUGUUAAAAAGAAAGCCUACUUUCCAAAUGUAAUAAACAGAGACAUCUGCAUUAUGCUUAUUAAAAAAAGCAUGUUUAUAAGUAGAUCAUUCAUGGUAGAAAUACUAUAAUUAGUGGCUUUAAGUAGGCUUUUCAUUGUUUUGUUUGAGUAUCCUGAGUCUGAACAGUCUAACGUUGACUCAGCCAAUGGUGUGAGUUUGGGGCGGGACUAUCUGUUUGGUUGACCAAUGGCAGCCAGUGCAUGUAUGCGAAAACCUGUUUGAAUACAGUGCUGUUUCUGAGGGCGUUUUGGCUGUUCAUUUACAAAACAAAUGUCAUUUUGGGGGUCUGAAAAUGCAAACUUUUGAAAACACAGUGGUUUCAAAGUGGAGCUUUUUGAUAACAACAUUGUUCGUGUCUGUAUAAACUGCAGAAAUGCAUAUUUGUGAUAACCCUACCCAUAAGUUAUCUCUAAAAUCAGAUUGAAAUGAUAGUUGAAUAACAAGGGUGUAGAAGCAGCACCUAACUCUGGUUGUUAAGGCUAAAAUUGACAUUUCCUGUAAACUUAUCUCUGAAUUCUGAUUGGUUGAUUGGAAUGUUGUUCCAGGAGCAUGUUGCACUUUUGCUGCGUCCCAAUGUGCCUACUUAUAGUACACCCUUAAAGUAUGUACUUUUUUGGUGAAGAAAAAGUACACACUUUUGAGUUUAUCAGCCAGUCGCGUGUCUUUCAUGCCGAGAACUCUGCUCAUAUUUUCUGCGUAAUGAUGCAUUUAAAGGGGUCAUAUGAUGCGAUUUCUUGUUUUCCUUUUUUAGUGUUUUACGUAGCUGUUUGUGCAUGUAUACGAUCUGCAGAGUUACAAAGCUCAAAGUCUCCCACAAAAGCAUCUAUCUAAAAGAGAAGGUUGAUCCAGAUUGGGCUAAAACGCCUCAUUAAAACACGCCCCCACAUGUCUAUGUCACGAUGUGGAAAUAUUUGCGUAAUGCCGCCCAAAUGUUCACGCAAAGAAAGAAGGCUGGGUUUCAGUAACCGCAGUAGUGUUGAUGCAGCCGUGUCAGGGAGAGCACUUUAUUUGGCCUUCCAGAAGAAGAUGCAAUUAGGAAUCAUUGGUUAAGAUUUGUUUACAACAGAACAGCACAACCCAAAUGUUCGAAUUUGUGCAACGCAUUUUAUGGACGACAGUUUUUCUGAACCUAGGAGAGUACAAGGCUGGCUGUGAACGAAGGCUAUUUCUAAAAAAAGUAAAUAAAAGGGUCAAUUCCGACUUUGCUAUGACAAUCUGGCGCUUCUGAAUCAGCGACUAUGGCAGGUGAGAGAAACCCUGCAUCGUGUCACCUGGAUGAAAGGACCUUCCGGCUCUGCUGUCAGCUCUUUCUCCAACACUCUGAGACCAUCCAGGAUGGCUGGAGCUGGGAGCAGAUCAAGGGCACUGAUGAAGGCUUCAUUAAGAAGACUGUUCUCAUCCCUGUAAAAGCAAGCGUGUUGCACAAACAACAUGAGUGUUCCAUGCAGGAUGAAAACACGGUGACAGAUGACAUCCAGGCAAACGUUGAGGAUGAAACGGCUGGAGUUCAGGCAGUAUGUGAAAUUCACGCUGUGCUGCGCUAUGAAUACCACAUUCUGUAUUCUUGCAGCUAUCAGAUCCCCGUCCUCUAUUUCAGAGCCUCCACGUUAGAUGGGCGACCCCUGGCUCUCGAGGAGGUGUGGAGCAAUGUUCAUCCGAACUAUAGACAGAGACUACAGCAGGGACCCUGGGACACACUGACGCAACAGGAACAUCCUUUACUGGGCCAACCGUUUUUCAUGCUUCAUCCAUGUCGCACUGAGGAGUUUAUGAAACCUGCUCUGGAUUUGGCACAAGCUGAAAACAAGAGAGUGAACUAUAUCGUGACUUGGCUCAGUGUUGUUGGACCCGUCGUCGGACUGGACGUCCCUUUGAGCUACAGCACCGAGGUGUCCGCUCCCGACUGAAGCGCCUCUGCUUUGACCUGCUGUGAUCUUCCUGUCUGUCUCAGACUCCACAGACCCAGAGGACAUGCUGAGGGUCUCCGAGGGGCCAAAGACGCUUCAGAAGUCUUGUUAGCAAUGCUUGAGCAUUCAGGACACCAAGUUUUUAAGUUCACGAGUUAGCUCAAGAAUGCUCUUAAUGUUCAAAUAAAUUGCACUAAAAUAAUUCAUACACUGCCAUUCAAAUGUUUGGGGUCAGUAAGUUUUUUUUUUUUGUUGUUGUUGUUUUUUUUUUUAUCAAGGAUGCAUUAAAGUGAUUAAAAUUAACAGUAAAGACAUUUGUUAGGAUCACGUGACACUGAAGACUGGAGUAGUGCUGAAAAUUCUGCUUUGCAUCACAGGAAUAAAUUACAAUUUUUUUAAAUAUAUUCAAUUAGAAAUCAGAUAUUUUAAAUUAUAAUAUUAUUACACAAUAUUACUGUUUUUACUGUAUUUUUGAUCAAAUAAAUGCAGCCUUGGUGAGCAAAAGAGAAUUAUCUCAAAAACAUUUAAAAAAAAUCUUACUAGUAGUGUAUACAAAACAGUGUGUACUGUAAUUAAACCAUAAAACGUAAAUAUUAUCUGAUAGAUAUCACUGAAAUGCGCCUGAGAACCCAGUUGCAUUUUUUUUCAGAGGAUGCAUGUACGGAAAAUCGUUUAUAUGCAGGGAUUUGUUCAGAAAAUGUACAGUAUGUGAUAUUAUCAUCAAAUUAAAAAGACAAACAAUAGUUUUCUCUGCUGCUAUUUCUUUUUUGCAUUUUCAAAGGGAUUGUGAAAAUCAUCAGAGCAGCUGUGUGUGCAGGCAUACAGAGGAUUGCUAUUCAAACAUUAGUCUGGAAGUCUUUGUCUUCUGCUGCGUAGGUGUGUGUGUGACUCAAUAUGUUUUCCCUCACUGGUCGGGUAUUGUGAAGCAUGCGGCUGCGUUUGGCCUAUUUUUGACAUUUCAGAGGCCUGAAAUCGAAGUCCAAGAUGAUUUGUAGAACCUUGCAUCUAAUAAGCAAAGUAAAUAGUCUUAUAUAUUUUUUGUUGUGUCUCCCUGCAGUCUGACAUUUCUCUUCAUUACUCAUCCAAGUAGCGUGCCGUGCCAGGACACGGUUUAAAAGUUGAAUGGAAUGAAAUCCCUCUGAAAUCCUGACCGUCUGAUGUGAAGUCUGAAACGGAGGAGCUGAGUUUAGAGUCCGGAGUUUGAGAGAAGACGGUGAAAGUCCUCAGUCAGCAUGUCUAAAUGGGGCGCGCGUCUCUCAGGGGACUGUAUCAGUGUUGGUAAGGAGGUCAGCCUCCUACCCGAAGCAUCUUGCUCUAAUGGACAGACAGGAAUGAUGGAGAGGAGAGAGAGAAACGCAUAGAUGGAACACAGUAGGAAAUGUUACCUGCUUCAUAAACGGGGCCAUUCUUAAAGGUUUAGAUCAAUGAAUUAAGGACUGUCAAGCAAAUUUUUUUUAGAUCUGUGUACUUGAAAUUGGUACGUCCAAUGGUGUUUGGUUUCAUUUGUGUCUUAAAAUUCAUUUUGAUGUUUCUCACACAAAGCUACAAGUCAUGUGGACUGCUUUUAUCCCAUCUAACAAAAAUAUGUUCUAAGAAAUAUGUUUUGGUAACGUU